UGUCCGUGGCGUGAGGCCUCGCCCCUCUGGUCUGCCACAGGAUGGGCCUCUCAGCGGCGCCGCGGUGGGGCCCCCCGGGGCUGCUUCUGGCCAUCGCCCUGCACCUGGCUCUCUCGGGGCCCCCGCACAGGGACUACUGCGUCCUGGGCGCCGGGCCCGCGGGCCUGCAGAUGGCCUACUUCCUGCAGCGGGCCGGGAGAGACUACGUGGUGUUCGAGCGUGCCUUGCGGCCAGGCAGCUUCUUCACGCGCUACCCCCGGCAUCGCAAGCUCAUCAGCAUCAACAAGCGGUACACUGGCAAGGCCAAUGCCGAGUUCAACUUGCGCCAUGACUGGAACUCCUUGCUCAGCCAUGACCCCCGGCUGCUCUUCAGACACUAUUCGCAUGCCUACUUCCCCGAUGCCCAUGACAUGGUGCGCUACCUGGGUGACUUCGCAGACAGACUGGGCCUCCACGUGCUGUACAACACAACUAUUGCCCAUGUCACUCUGGACAAGGAUCCACAGGCCUGGAAUGGCCACUACUUCAUCCUGACCGACCAGAAGGGCCAGGCCUUCCAGUGCAGUGUCCUUCUCGCAGCCACUGGUUUGUCAGUCCCCAAUCAGGUGGCCUUCCCUGGCUCUGAAUAUGUGGAGGGUUACGAGUCUAUGUCCGUGGACCCCAAGGACUUCGUGGGUCAGAAUGUACUGAUCCUGGGCCGGGGGAACUCGGCCUUUGAGACAGCAGAGAACAUCUUGGGUGUCACAAACUUUAUCCACAUGCUGAGCCGCUCCCGGGUCCGACUCUCCUGGGCUACCCACUACGUUGGAGACCUCAGAGCCAUCAACAAUGGGCUGCUGGACACCUACCAGCUGAAGUCCCUGGACGGGCUGCUCGAGUCUGACCUGACAGACCUGGCCAUCCUGAAGGACAGCAAGGGCAAGUUCCAUGUCACCCUGAAGUUCUUCCUGGAGGAAACAGGUGCCAACCAGAGUGCGGAUUCCAUCACCCUCCCCCAGGACGACAACGACAACUUUGCCAUGCGUGUGGCCUAUGACCGGGUCAUCCGCUGUCUAGGCUGGAACUUUGACUUCUCCAUUUUCAAUAAGUCCCUCAGACUCAACUCAGGGAGUACAUUCGGCAAGAAGUACCCACUGGUUCGAGCCAGCUAUGAAUCUAAAGGAAGCCGGGGUCUCUUUAUCCUGGGGACCGCCAGCCACUCAGUAGACUACCGGAAAUCUGCCGGGGGCUUCAUUCACGGAUUCAGAUACACAGCACGUGUUGUGCACCGGCUCCUGGAGCAUCGCCACCACAGUGUCGCCUGGCCCUCCACCCAGCUCCCCAUCACACAGCUGACCAGUGCCAUCGUGCGGCGUGUGAACGAGGCUUCUGGGCUGUAUCAGAUGUUCAGUGUGCUGGCUGAUGUCAUCCUGCUGAAGGAGAAUGCCACAGCCUUUGAGUACCUGGAGGAGUUCCCCAUGCAGAUGCUGGCCCAGCUGGAGACACUCACGGGAAGGCAGGCACAGCAUGGGCUCUUUGUUAUCAACAUGGAGUAUGGCAGGAAUUUCUCGGGACCCGACAAGGAUGUCUUCUUUCAUGACCGAUCUGUGGGGCACACAGAGGAUGCCUGGCAGUCUAAUUUCCUCCAUCCUGUCAUCUACUACUACAGACACCUCCCCACUGAGCAGGAGGUAAGGUUCCGCCCUGCACACUGGCCCCUGCCUCGGCCCGCUGCCAUCCACCACAUCGUGGAAGAUUUCCUGACAGACUGGACUGCCCCGGUGGGCCACAUCCUACCUCUGAGGCGCUUCCUGGAGAACUGUUUAGACACUGAUUUGCGAAGCUUCUACGCAGAGUCUUGCUUCCUGUUCGCCUUGACACACCAGAAGCUGCCGCCCUUUUGCCAGCAGGGGUACCUGAGAAUGCAGGGGCUUGUGAGCACCGAGAGCCUUCGGCAGCACAGAGUGGAGAGCAGGCUCCUGCCGGACCAGGCUGCAGCGGGCAAGCCCCCGGAGGGCAGCAGCCAGCGACCUGAUGACCCUGGACCACUAGGUCCCCCCGUGGCUCCAGAGCCUCCAGUCCAGUCUCUCGACAGCAACAAGGAAGAGCUCUGACUAUCCCUCCUGGCUGUGGGAACAGAGGCCAGGCCUCCCCACCCAGGGUCAGUCCUCCACUUUCCCUGCAGCUUCAUGCUCCCACCAAUGGAUGAUUGCCAAAGACCAUUCGGAUCACUGCAGUGACUGCACCAAAGCAACACGGACAGUUUGGAGGGUAGAAACAUGGUGAGGCUGUGGUUGCCUCCCUGCUGCUCCAGGUUCCGGGAAGGUGGGGGUAGAAGGGUAGGGUCUGCCGGGUGUGGGCCGCCUUCCACAACCCAGCUUGUCCACUGCUGAGCAGUC